ACAUUUUUUACAAAUUGAAAGAGGCUUAAGUGCAUUAUAUAUUGGUGCCGGCUUUGACAAUAGCCUGUUUGGAAAAAUUGCAACAGCUUACAGAAAUACCGAUGAAGCAAUUGAUAAAAUUUCCUAUUGGCCACAUGCCAAUGAGAAUUCAAAAGUCUAUUACGCGACUCGACAGUCAUUCAAGACAACCGUGGGACAAUUCCGGAUGGUGCUUUUUAAUCAGACAAUACAAAGUGUGAUAGAUUUUUAUACAGUAAAAAAUACCCUUCUUAUAAAAUGGACUGGUGCCAGUAUUCGAAAAGCUAAUGGCCAUGUAUGGAGACAGUCGGUCGGUUACCAUCUUCUGAUACUUAGCAAGGAACAAGCGGGAAUUGAACGAGCAUUAGGAAGCACCUUCUUUGCGAAAGGUGGUUUUAGUCCCACUGAGGAAUAUCGAUAUCACACUAGACGAUAUCUUGGAGAUAGUUAUCUCCAGCAAAGCAAACUGUACUCACAAGCUAUUCAAGAAAGAAUUGAUGAACACCUAAAUACUGAUCUAGGUAGAAUAAUAGAGGAAAAUCGAGGCCGAAUUCUCAGAAACAACGAAUCACGUCCAUCGGUCGAACUUGGUGAAAUAUGGUUUGCAAAUCUUACGUCCUACUUAAAUAUAUUAAAAACGCUACAAGACGAUGUGGCUGAAAACCUCUUAACCGUUAUUGAUGGUCUUAGUUUAUCAUUGCAGUCCAAAUUAACAAUAGCUAUCAUUGCCUUGGUAAUACCAACUUUAUUGUCUCCUUUCAUUGUGAUAAUUAUUAACAGACUUGUGUCUAAAAUGCAGCAUUUCAAUAUAGUAUUAAGGUCAAAAGGUGACGACGAACGAAAAGAGAGAAAGCGCACACAGACUCUAUUGUACGAAAUGUUACCAAUAUCCAUAGCUCGUAAACUGUUAAGCGAAGAAUCCGUGAAACCAGAAUUCUACAAUGGAGUGACUCUAUUUUUUUCUGAUAUUUGUGGUUUUAACGAGAUUGUGUUAAACAGUUCGCCGCUACAGAUUAUAGAUAUGAUGAAUACGAUCUACCGUGUAUUUGACAGUCUCCUCGGUGAUUAUGAUGUAUAUAAGGUGGAGACAAUAGGGGAUUGCUACAUGGUUGCUUCCGGUUUACCUUCUCCUAAUGAUAGACAUGCCCGGGAAUUAAGUAAUUUUGCCCUAGAUGUAGUCGGAACGUUUAGCACUAUGACAGUACCACAUCAACCAAGGGUAUAUGUCACGAUACGAAUUGGUCUUAAUUCGGGCACAGUAGUAGCUGGUGUGGUAGGAUUAAAGAUGCCCAGAUAUUGUAUAUUUGGCGAUACAGUUAAUACAGCUUCUCGUAUGAUGUCAAAUGGAGCAGCUGGUCGUAUACAUAUAAGUGAAUCAACGAAAUUACAAUUAGAUCGAAAGAAUGAGUUUAUGAUUGAAAGCAGGGGAUCAGUUGUGGUUAAGGGAAAGGGUGAGAUGAACACAUAUUGGUUAAAUGGUCGUCAAAUUCCACCGGCUAAAUCACCUGCCUUAGCUUUUUCUGUUGACGAAGAUGCCUUGUCAUGUAUAUAGUGGGUGAACGAUGUUACAAUCAAACCAUUUAUAACUUCAAAUAACGCCUAACAUUUACAGUGUCCAAUAUUUAACACAUAAUGAACAUUUUAUAAUCAGUACACGAGUUGUGUAUUCUACGGUUUCGGGAUUCAUUUGUAAUGAAUAAAGAAAAACAUGUCCUAGCAUAUUUAUGGCUGAUUGACAAACGAAAACAUAAUAAUAACGUGUAGAAUGGACGGAGUAGGCGUAAACAGCCGUCGUUCAAUUUAGACUGUUCACGUAUUUUAACCGAACAAAUUACAAUAUUUUCUUUUUAAAAAAUUGAAUAUAAAUCACAUUGUUACAUUCAUAUCCCAUUAACAUGAAUUUUUACACGCACUUUCGUUUAUUUUAAUGUUCCAAAGAAUAAAGCUACACGCCCUUCUUUAAGCAAUAGUUGUUAUAGUAUGUGUCAUCGCACGAAAUCGUUAGUGUGUUAAAAACACCGUGUAAAUAGUACCAGAUUCGUGGAUGUUUGAAAUUCAAAUCGCCGAUGUCCAAGCACAAAAUCUUUAGUGUGCUACAAACACCUUGUAAAUAGUAUCAGAUUUAUGGAAGUUUGAAAUUCAGAUCCAAGCCGGAACCGCUGAUGUCAAAGCAAAAUCCCCCAACAAUAGAAUAACAUUAGGCAUAUAUAUGUAAAUCGCAUAAAAAGAUUAUGAUCGAUAUUAACUUGUUUAAAAUCUCCCCUCGCUCACAAAGCUCCUACCAACUUCAUUCGACACAUAAAUCAUGCACUUUAAGUAACAAUUGCUGUAUUCUCGUAGUGGUUAAAUUCAGUCCAUAAGAAAAUAUAAGAAAAUCUGCCCACCUCUCGUUUUCACAACAGCUGUAAUGACUCAAUAAAAUUUUAUAUUAUAAUGACAUUGCUUAAGUGUUAGAACAGUCUUGUAUAAUAUUCACGUAAACAAACUUUGGCCCAAAUCAAUAUGAAGUUGAAUAAAUGGGCAUAUAUACGUACUUUAUAUACAAGCAUAAUUAAACAUUCCCGACGUUUAUUUAUAUGAUUCAUUUGACAUUUAUAUUGAAAGAACAAUAACAUAGCUCGGCGGCCAUAUUGUGCCACCUGUUGCCUUCAAUUUUAUGUUCAAGCAGAAAUGUGUAUGUACAUAACGGUAAUAUUGUAAAAACAGCGUUUUAGAUGUGUUAAAAUUUGAGGGGAAUUUGUAAAUGAAGAGAGACCAUUUUUGUGUACCAGAAUACAAGAUUUAAACAAAUGGAUAUCGGAGUUUAGUGCUGGAUUUCUUAAGUGUUUUGUGACAGAAUAUCAAUAUAUUUUUUUUGCAUAGUUUUCAACAUGUAUUGGUGUGUAUCAAAGUUAUGUAAAUUUCUGUAGUUUAUUGAUUACAUUUCGUAACCACUUAUUAAUAAUUUAAGGAUAAAAUCUAUAUAUUGGAGUAUUCUUAAAGUUCAACUUGGACGAACAACGAAUAUUAAAUAACAGAUUUAAAGAUCCAUCGAAACCAAAUAUAACCGAAGAUGCCUCCUGUAACAUACACUGAAAAAACUCGACUGAAUCAUGAUAUGGCGUAUCACCAUAGACCGUUCUGUAUAAAGAAUAUAACUAUUAUAACUAGAAUAGUUGGUCUUAUAACAGUGGCUGCAAUGUGGGUUUCAGCCGUUCUAUCUAUAGAGGAUAAACAAGUGUAUACAUAUGUAGGGUGGUAUUUAUUAGCUGCGAGUAUAGUUGUUACAUUUCUAGAAUUAAUAUGGUUAAUGGAUAAAUGCGCAUGUUGUUCG